AGCCCCGGCCCAACCACCGCAGCCGCCACCACAGCCAGCAUCCCUGCAACGGCCACUGCUGAGCCCGCACAGCCAGACCCCGGAGCACCGAGACCUGAGGAUGCUCAGUGGUCCCGUCCUCGCCUGCCUGGCCCUGGGCCUGGCCCUGGCCGCAGGCACUAGGACCGACACAGUGCGGGCCGCCCGGCUGGUCACGGACUUCGGGGUGAAGGUGUUCCAGCAGGUGGCCCAGGCGUCCCCGGACAGCAACAUGGCCUUCUCCCCGUACGGCGUGGCGUCCGUGCUGGCCAUGCUCCAGACCACCACGGCGGGGGAGAGCCGGCGACAGAUCCAGGAGGCCAUGUACUUCCGGACGGAAGACCGCGGCGUGGCGCCCGCCCUACGCCGGCUGCAGAAGCAGCUCCUGGCCCCGUGGAACAAGGACGAACUGAGCGCCGCCAGCGCCAUCUUCGUGCAGCGCGACCUGCUCCUGAGCCCGGGCUUCAUGCCCCACUUCUUCAAGCUGUUCCAGACCACGGUCAAGCAGGUGGACUUCUCGGAGGUGGAGAGAGCCAGGUUCAUCGUGAACGACUGGGUGCAGAAACACACCAAAGGCAUGAUCACGGACCUGCUGAGCACGGACGCCCUGGACCCUCUCACACGGCUGGUGCUGGUGAACGCACUCUACUUCAACGGCCAGUGGAUGAUGCCCUUCCCGCGGUCGGCCACUCACCACCGCCUCUUCCACAGGAGUGACGGCAGCAGCUUCUCGGUGCCCAUGAUGGCACAGACCAACAAGUUCAACUACACCGAGUGCACCACCCCCGAUGGCCACAUCUACGACAUUGUGGAGCUGCCCUACCAUGGCGGCACCAUCAGCAUGUUCAUCGCCGCGCCCUACCAGAAGGAGGUGCCCCUGUCCGCCCUCACCGACAUCCUCGACUCGGAGCUCGUGAGCCAAUGGAAAGCGAACAUGACCAAGGUCGUACGCUUGCUGGUGCUGCCCAAGUUCUCUCUGGAGACUGAAAUUGACCUGCAGCAGCCGCUGGAGGACCUGGGCGUGAAAGAUGUGUUCAGCCCCAGCCGGGCAGACUUCAGGAGCCUCUCAGACCAAGAACCACUCUACGUGUCCCAAGCACUGCAGAAAGUGAAGAUCAAGGUGGACGAGAGUGGCACGGUGGCCUCCUCCUCCACCGCCGUGAUCAUUUCGGCCCGCAUGGCCCCUGAAGAGAUCAUCAUGGACAGGCCCUUCCUCUUUGUGGUGCGACACAACCCCACAGGAACGAUCCUUUUCAUGGGCCAAGUGAUGGAGCCCUGAGUGCGGGCAGGUGGCGGCCAGGUGGGACACAACUGGACAAGGACCCGCGAGGAAGCACAUCUGGAGUGCGACAUCUCUUCUAUCUCUUCUGGAUUGAUCUUUCCAGAGAAAGAAAGACAUUUGCUCUUUUUUUUUUUUUUUUUUGGAACUGAUAACUCACCCAGACCUCAGCCUCUCCCAGGAGGACAUGAGCAAACGCCCGGAGGAAGUCCUGGGGGCACCUCCGAGGGCCCCCCUGCUGGCAGAGCCCCCUCCUGCUGCAAAUUUCCAGAAGUGUCCGCAUGAGCUCCAGCCCAGCGUGGGGUGCUCAGGGCCGACCUUCGGAAGCCUUGGCAGGGCGGCUGCGAGGCUCCCGGAGCUCCUGGGGCUGGGGGGAGGAUUUGCGUUCCGGUCACGUUGCCUGCACUGGAGCACUGUCUGCCUCCGCCGAGGCUGGCUGCAGGCCAAGGGCCGGGCGCGAGCCACCCUUUGGGCUCAGAAGCCGAGUGGGCUCGGGGCGCCCGCCCACCCACCCGCCCCGAGUGCUGGGUGCGUUCCUGAUCCCGAGUGUCGGGGAAUUGUUUACUCCCAGAAGCAGAUUUCUGCUUCCCACAAACUUGAUUUUGCAGGAAGGCGGGCAGGCUGUAUGUGCUGGGCUCUCAGCCCCGGCUGGGGAGGGGAGGCGGGGGGCACGCUUGAAUAUUUA